UCACAUACCCGUGUACAGAGAGAUGGAUGGACUAGCAUGUGGUGUUAUAAGUAGACUAUAUUCUAUAAAGGUUAAGGACAAGUCUUCUAAAUUUGUAGGGAUCUCUCUUCAUUUUGCUCGUACCAAAUUAAAACCAAGGUAAUCAAUCAGGGACACUUGGGGGUCAAGUUAUGGAAGUCUCACAAAUCACUGGUCUUACUGAAUUGGGAAUGGAUGAUUCUUUCUUUAAUAAUCAAUGGCCGAUGAGUUCUUAUGAUGAGCUUAGCGCGCUGUCGCUAGCAGCUGCAUUUGGGGAGAAUUUGCACAGCAAUUUUGCGCAACCUAUGUAUGACAUGAGACCAUCAUCUGAAACGUCUUUCACAAUCAGCGAGAGGCCUAUGAAACAACUGAAAACCAACAGUUGGAGUUCUGAAACAAAUGAUCAUAUACCAAACAUGCAACAAUUUAGUUAUGCUAAUUACAAUAAUCAAAUUGGCAUUGUGAAACCGAAAGAAGAGGCUUUGUCUUCUAGAAGUACCACGACUACUUUAGGUACUGAUGUGAUCACCUCCCAGGGUUCAUUUGAGAACCAGAAUUAUGUGCUGAAAUCCUCUCAAGGUGCUAAACGGAUUAGCACAAAUGCACGGCUGUCUCAGGCUCAGGAUCACAUCAUGGCUGAGAGGAAGAGGCGAGAAAAGCUUAGUCAGAGGUUCAUUGCUCUCUCUGCUCUAGUCCCUGGCUUGAAGAAGAUGGACAAGGCUUCUGUUCUAGGAGAUGCUAUCAAGUACUUGAAACAACUUCAGGAAAGAGUGAAGGCCCUUGAGGAGCAGACUCGGAGAAAGUCCACAGAAUCAGUUGCUUUUGCCAACAAUUCAUCCUCAGAUAAUCACGCAGCUGGCAUUCCUGCUGAAGAGCCACUGCCAGAAAUUGAAGUAAGAAUCUCAGACAGAGAUAUUCUAAUAAGAAUUCACUGUGAGAAACGGAAAGGAGUCAUUGAAAAAACCCUUGCUGAAAUAGAGAAGUUCCAACUCUCGAUCAUCAAUAGCACUGCCAUGACUUUUGGAGCAUCCACUCUUGACAUAACCAUUAUUGCUCAGAUGGAUGCAAAGUUCACAAUGACAGCAAAAGAUCUUGUAAAGGAUUUACUCGUAGCUCUUAAGAAGAUAAUGUCCUAGUAUCCAAAAUGCCAGUUAUUUAUCGUCCGAUUCCCUGAAUAAUUGUUUUUACAUGUUCCUGAUGAUCAAGGCCUAUACUUCUCCACCAUUUCAGACCAUCUGCAUAAAGCUUGACACAUAUUUUCCAUAAGGUUCCUUUUUAAGGAGGGUUUUUUCAUACGACUUUUUUCGCAGUUAUCUAGUUAACUGUGUUAAUUACCCUCCUUUUGUAAAGUAAUGACCUCAUGGCUUCACUUAGCUUUUUUUAAUCAGAGGAUUAAUGGUUUUUUUGAGUGGAUGGAGAGGAAGGUUUUGGUCCCAGUGAAAGUGUUGGAUCAAUGUUUUAGAGUCCUUGGGUCUCUUUCUCUGUGUAAUCUUCAUUUCAUGUCCUUUGUAACACUUUAAUUUACAGUAUUAAUGCAGUAACUUUUUCUUUUACA